GGGAAGCGCAUCAGGGGCGUGCACGUCAGCGCACCGGCAGCAUCCCUGAACGGAGGGGAGCGCGAGCUCUGCUGCUACGGCGCGUGGACCGACCCAAUAGCUCGUCUCACGUUUGUUUCUGUCGUUUUACAAUGACACGAGGACGCACCGAGUCCCGCGCACUCUGAGGGCCGCCCAGACCACCACCGAGCCCCGGCCAGCAGGACCUCUUCCGCCGCCGCCAGCAGCCCGCCCCAGACCCGAAUGGCAAGUAGCCCCGAAGAAAGUCGCUCCAGGGGCGGCGGCUCCGACCGCGACUCCAAAAUGGCCUCGUCGAGCAACACGUCCCCGGAGGGCGGAAUGCCGCCGCCGCCGCUGCACCAGAACCGCAUACGGCAGUCUGACAGUAGCACCAGUUUUCUGAGGGCCGCCAGAGCAGGGAACAUUGACAAAGUCCUCGAAUUCCUGAAAAAUGGAGUUGACAUCGGGACUUGUAACCAAAAUGGCCUGAAUGCACUGCAUCUGGCAGCUAAGGAGGGUCAUCAGGAGCUAGUGGAGGAGCUGUUGGAGAGAGGAGCACCUGUUGACUCUUCUACAAAGAAAGGAAAUACUGCCCUCCAUAUUGCCUCAUUGGCUGGGCAAAGAGACGUCGUCAGACUGCUGGUCAAGAGAGGAGCAGAUGUCAACGCACAAUCACAGAGCGGCUUCACUCCACUCUAUAUGGCAGCCCAGGAGAAUCACUUGGAGGUAGUGCGUUACCUGUUGGAAAGUGAUGGGAACCAGAGUAUUGCGACAGAGGACGGCUUCACUCCUCUGGCCAUCGCUCUCCAGCAGGGCCAUAACUCUGUAGUGUCUCUGCUGUUGGAGCACGACACCAAGGGCAAAGUGCGCCUACCGGCUCUGCACAUCGCAGCCCGCAAGGACGACACCAAGUCCGCUGCACUGCUGCUGCAGAACGACCACAACGCUGACGUCCAGUCUAAGAUGAUGGUCAAUAGAACUACAGAGAAUGGGAAGAGUGGCUUCACUCCUCUGCACAUCGCAGCUCACUAUGGUAACGUGAACGUCUCCACCCUGUUGCUGAACAGAGGAGCUGCCGUGGAUUUCACAGCCCGGAAUGGAAUAACGCCUCUCCACGUAGCCUCCAAGAGAGGUAACACCAACAUGGUGGUCCUGCUGUUGGAUCGAGGGGCUCAGAUAGAUGCUAAAACCAGGGACGGACUGACCCCCCUACACUGUGCAGCCAGGAGUGGACACGACCCAGCCGUAGAGCUGCUGCUGGAGAGAGGCGCCCCAAUCUUAGCCAGAACCAAGAACGGAUUGUCCCCUCUGCACAUGUCGGCCCAGGGAGACCAUGUCGAAUGUGUGAAGCUGCUGCUGCAGCACAAGGCGCCCGUUGAUGAUGUGACACUGGACUACCUGACGGCGCUGCAUGUAGCAGCUCACUGUGGCCACUACAGAGUCACCAAGUUGCUGCUGGACAAGAAAGCCAACCCCAAUGCACGAGCCCUGAAUGGUUUCACUCCUCUUCACAUUGCCUGCAAGAAGAACAGGGUGAAGGUGAUGGAGCUGUUGGUCAACUAUGGAGCCUCCAUCCAGGCUAUUACUGAGUCUGGCCUUACUCCCAUCCAUGUAGCUGCCUUUAUGGGCCACCUCAGUAUUGUUCUUCUUCUGCUGCAGAAUGGAGCUUCUCCGGACAUCCGUAACAUUCGUGGCGAGACCGCGCUCCACAUGGCAGCUCGGGCAGGACAGAUGGAAGUGGUUCGCUGUUUACUGAGAAAUGGUGCUUUGGUUGAUGCCAUGGCCAGAGAGGAUCAGACUCCCCUCCACAUCGCAUCCCGUUUAGGGAAGACGGACAUUGUCCAGCUGCUGUUGCAGCACAUGGCCCACCCAGAUGCUGCAACCACCAAUGGCUACACACCUCUCCACAUUUCAGCCAGGGAGGGUCAGGUGGAGACUGCCGCAGUGCUGUUGGAAGCAGGAGCAUUGCACUCACUUGCCACAAAGAAAGGAUUCACUCCAUUACAUGUAGCAGCAAAAUAUGGAAGCCUCGAUGUAGCAAAACUGCUCUUGCAGCGCAAAGCGCUGCCUGAUGAUGCUGGCAAGAAUGGCCUAACUCCUUUGCAUGUAGCUGCACAUUAUGACAACCAGGAAGUUGCACUGCUGCUGCUGGAUAAAGGAGCAUCGCCUCAUGCUACUGCAAAGAAUGGCUACACCCCUCUCCACAUUGCAGCCAAAAAGAACCAGUCAACCAUUGCAUUAGUCCUGCUUCAGUAUGGAGCCGAGACCAACGUUCUUACCAAGCAGGGUGUCAGCCCUCUGCACCUCGCAGCCCAGGAAGGUCACGCUGAGAUGUGCAGUCUCCUGCUGGAGAGAGGGGCCCACGUCAACUCAUCCACCAAGAGUGGCCUGACUCCUCUGCACCUGACGGCUCAGGAGGAUCGAGUCAGUGCAGCAGAAGUACUGGCCAAACAUGACGCCAACUUGGACCAACAAACUAAGCUGGGAUAUACCCCUCUGAUCGUAGCCUGUCACUAUGGAAAUGCCAAGAUGGUGAACUUCUUGUUACAGCAAGGUGCCAGCGUCAACGCCAAAACGAAGAAUGGAUAUACACCCCUUCACCAGGCUGCACAACAAGGAAACACACACAUUAUUAAUGUUUUGCUGCAGCAUGGGGCCAAACCAAACACUACAACAGUGAAUGGAAACACAGCUCUGUCGAUUGCCAGACGUUUGGGUUACAUUUCUGUAGUGGACACGCUGAAGGUCGUCACCGAGGAGGUGAUCACCACCACAACAACAGUCACAGAGAAACACAAGCUGAAUGUCCCAGAGACCAUGACUGAAAUCCUUGAUGUGUCUGAUGAAGAAGGUGAGGACACCAUGACGGGCGACGGCGGGGAAUAUCUGAGAGUGGAGGAUCUUCGAGAGCUGGGCGAUGACUCGCUUCCUGGACAUUACCUAGAUGGCUUCAGCUACAUGAGCCACAACCUGGACAGCAGAUCGCAGCAGACUCCCAUUCACCAAAGUUUCCAUCAGAGGGGUGGAGUUCUUAUUGAAGACAUGAUUACCAGCCAUCAGGUGUCAGCGCUGUCCAGAGAGAACGAGAAGGAGUCCUUCCGUCUGAGUUGGGGCACCGAGCACCUCGAUAAUGUGGUGCUGUCCUCCAGCCUGCUGCACUCUGGCCGUACCUCUCCGUGCCUAGCUGACAACAGCAGCUUCCUAGUCAGCUUCAUGGUAGACGCCAGGGGCGGAGCCAUGCGUGGCUGCCGUCACAAUGGCCUGCGGAUUAUAGUGCCACCGAGGAAGUGCUCUGCACCUACGCGGGUGACGUGCAGGCUGGUGAAGAGACACCGCCUCGCCUCCAUGCCCCCUAUGGUGGAGGGUGAGGGUCUGGCUGGUCGCAUCAUAGAAGUGGGGCCUACAGGAGCCCAGUUCCUGGGUAAGCUCCACCUCCCUACAGCUCCGCCCCCUUUGAAUGAGGGCGAGAGCCUGGUCAGUCGUAUCCUGCAGCUCGGUCCUCCAGGAACCAAGUUCCUCGGGCCCGUGAUUGUGGAGAUUCCACAUUUUGCAGCGUUACGAGGCACAGAGAGGGAACUGGUGAUUUUGAGAAGUGAGACAGGAGAGAGCUGGAAGGAGCAUCACUGUGACUACACCGAAGAAGAAUUGAACCAGAUUCUUAAUGGCAUGGAUGAAAAACUUGAUUCCCCUGAAGAGCUGGAGAAGAAAAGAAUAUGCCGCAUCAUUACAAGGGACUUCCCACAGUAUUUUGCAGUGGUGUCACGGGUAAAACAAGACAGUCAUUUGAUUGGUCCAGAAGGGGGCGUCCUCAGUAGUACCCUUGUGCCUCAGGUUCAAGCUGUCUUCCCUGAGGGAGCCCUUACAAAAAAGAUCAGAGUCGGGCUACAGGCUCAACCCAUUGAUGUCGACAUCGUGAGAAAGGUUCUUGGUAACAGAGCCACAUUCAGCCCCAUUGUCACCUUGGAACCGAGAAGAAGGAAAUUUCACAAGCCGAUCACAAUGACGAUCCCUAUUCCCAAGAGUUCCAGCAGCGAUGGGCAGAACACCGCAUUUAGUGGUGAAACUCCCACGUUACGUUUGCUCUGCAGCAUUACUGGUGGAACCACUCCUGCCCAGUGGGAGGACAUCACUGGUUCCACACCUCUCACCUUUGUUAACCAGUGUGUUUCCUUCACCACAAAUGUGUCAGCAAGGUUCUGGCUGAUAGACUGUCGACAGAUCCAGGAGUCUGUUAGUUUUGGCUCUCAGCUGUACAGAGAGAUAAUCUGUGUCCCAUACAUGGCCAAGUUUGUUAUCUUUGCCAAGACCCUGGACCCCAUCGAGGCCCGCUUACGUUGCUUCUGCAUGACUGAUGACAAGAUGGACAAGACCCUGGAACAGCAAGAGAACUUCACUGAAGUUGCUCGUAGCAGAGAUGUAGAGGUCCUUGAGGGAAAACCAAUAUUUGCAGACUGCUUUGGAAACCUGGUGCCGCUUACCAAGAGUGGACAGCACCAUGUAUUCAGCUUCUUCGCCUUUAAGGAGAACAGACUCGCCCUUUUCAUCAAAAUUAGAGACACGGCACAGGAGCCGUGUGGUCGGUUAUCAUUCACCAAGGAACCACGGACUUACCGUACUCUUAACCACAACGCUAUCUGCAACCUGAACAUCACCCUCCCAGCAUACUCAAAGGAUUCUGAUUCAGAUCAAGAUGCAGAUGAUGUGAGUGAGAAGAGUGACAAGAAAUUGGAUUGGCAGGAUGAUGCUGACAGGAAGGAGGAGACCCUUGCUAUCACUGCAGAUCUUCUAGGCUUCAGUUGGACAGAGCUGGCCAGGGAGUUGGAAUUCAGUGAAGAUGACAUCCAGUUAGUGAGAACAGAGAACCCAAAUUCUCUCCAAGAGCAGAGCCAUGCGUUGCUGCAACGCUGGGUUGACCGAGAAGGCAAACAUGCCACAGAGGAUUGUUUGAUUAAGCGGCUAACCAAGAUCAACCGGAUGGACAUUGUCCAUCUCAUUGAAACCCAGAUGAACAAGUCAGUUCAAGAGCAAACAUCAAGAACCUAUGCAGAGAUAGAGAAGACACUGGAUCACAGUGAAGUGUCAGUCGCCCUGUCUUCAGUGCAAGAGGAUGCUGACAGCCCCAGAGUGGUGCGAAGGGUGGAGUCGGACCGUAGACCACCUCCAGCUGUUUCAGAAGAGGACCUCUCAGUUGCUUCCUUACUGGAUAUUCCUUCCUGGGCAGAACCUGUUGGACAAACCCACUCAGAGAGCAUGCAUGGUGACCUAUUGGAAGAGCUUGAGAUCCCACAUGAAUUAAACCCAAACCUGUGGACCCCAGAAGAUGUAAUUAUGCAAGAAUCUACAAGUUAUGACACCUUGGAUGAGCAAGCUGACCAAAUGCCAGACUUUCCUGACCAAUCAGUGACAGAAGAAAAGUACAAAGAUGAAAAUGGACAUUUUGUUGUCAAAAGGAUUACCCGUAAAGUUAUCCGCAAGUGUGUUUCCGCUGAUGGUGCGGAGCGUGUGGAGGUGUCGUCAGAAGGAGCUUGGCAGGAGUCAAGCGGUACGUCGACAGAAGAUGGUUACUCGAAGGUGGUGAAGCGGACUGUGCUGAAGAGUGAGGGAGACCACACAGAGGUAACAUUUGAUGAAUGUGAGAGUCUCUCGGCGCCGCAGCAGGGAGCAGCUGGGAGUAGUAGGUUCAGUCUGGUAGAAAGGACAACGGUGGUGGACGGUGAAAGGACAAUGACACACCAAGGUGACCCUUCUUUGGCCCCUGACCUUCCUUCAGCUCAAGAUGACUUCAAACAGGGCCCACAUGCAUGAAGGUCGCACUCUCAGACGAACGGUGGUGAAAGGAGCUGGACGGCAUAAACGGGUCUUUGUAGAGUGUGUGGACAACCCCGCAAUAGGGAACAAACCACACAACCUCCAACACAGUCUCCACCAGCUCUUUCACCGCUACUUAGACGACGAGGAGGAGGAGGAGGAUGACAGUGAUGAGGAAGAGUAGAAGAAUGUGCAACACUCCCCGGCUCUGCACACGCUAAAGCAACCCCAAAUUCUAUGCAUAAGCCACAUGCAAUCCCAGUGUGCACCACGGCACUUCAAACGCACCACAGUCUUCCCACAUUAAGUCCUGGAAGAUGACCUUCUGCUCAUCAGUUUUCUUCCCUGGCUUAUAUAUAUUCAUGAGUUUAUUUUGCCCCUUGUGACCAAA